UUUCUAAAAUACACAAGUGUCAAAUGUCAAUUUUAUGUGUCAUGUGAAUUGUGAUUGGAAACUUAUUUUUGUUUGAAUACCUACUUCUUAAUUAAAUAUAUGAUAAUUAGACAUAACUAUUGUUAUUUUAUGAAUGCACGAAACAAACUGUAAACAAUAUGGCCAAGUGGAUCGGAUAUGCGGUGUCAGUUAAUUGUGGGGAACCGCUGGGUUGUUACCAGGGUACUAUCCUGAAGCAGACGGUAGUACUAUAACCCCACAAAAGCAUUCAGAAAUGGUUUUCCAUACCCGAAAUCUCAAGUUACGCUGAAGGCUGCGGAUAUCAAGGAUCUGAAAAUAAUAGAGGCUCGUGCAGAGCCGUCGGAGCAGACUCACAGCACGGUCGCGGUCACUAAGAGCAGUAAGAAGACAUCGCGCGCUACUGUGUGUGAGAACCUACAGGCCAUACCAACUAGUUCAGCAACUAGCCAACCUUCAACAAUGUAGCUGUGAACAGCAAGGCGGGCAACAGUCGUGGCACUGGUGCUGUGCCCGCGCGCAGCAAGCCCAUCGACAUCAUGGGGAACAGAACCAACAGAAAUAACAAUUUUGCUGGGAGUUAUGGCAACACUGGUUCGACGCCUAAAUGUCGUAUGGGCGCAGGCGGUGGCGCAGUGCACGAGAAAGCGCGUCGAAAAAACGAGGCUUGUUUCGGCGACGCCGCCGACCCGGCACUCGACGACGACUUCGAUUUUGAAGGCAAUCUGGCGCUGUUCGACAAACGUGCGCUCUGGGAACAGAUGCGCAACUCCCACAAACCGGACCUGGUGCGGCAGGCGGACGACGUCGGCAAGUUCCGGCACGACGAGAACGUACUCGGCACGUCGCACGUGGCGCGGCACGCACUGCGUGUGCCUGACGAGCUGCGCGGGCCCAUAGACUACGUGACCGACGACGGUGUGGUGGUGCCGUCCGUGGUGCCGCGCCUGCGCCGGCAGCUGUGGGAGGGCAUGCAGCGGGUGGGGCUGGCGGACAGCGCGCACACUCUGCUGGCACGCGCCGCUGCAGACGUAGCGUUACGGCUGGUGGGCGGCGGGCGGCGCCUGGAGCCGCGUAACGCUCACCAGCAGCCAGUGGUGGUGGCACUGGCGGGCGCACACCGCGUGGGC